AUGGGCGGAUGGGAGAACCUGGACGGGCGGCGGAGCGAGCCAAUUCCGUACGAAAAGGGACCGAGAGGAACUCUGCGGCUGGAUACCGGUUUCUACGGCCCCAACGGAAAACCGACAAACUACGGUCCUGGCGGCGCAUACGCUGCCAACUACACCAUGUCGCCGGUUGAUAACCGGGGCAGCCCUGUACACACCAGCCCGACGGGCACGUUACCGGUGCGGAUGAACACCAUGAACGGCGGUACAUACAACAGCCAGCAAGGCGUCUUCAACAGCCAAACCGGCACCUACACUAGCCAAAUGGGAGCAUACAGCAGCCAGACUGGCACAUAUGUCAGCCAUGCACCUAGCGGCUCUCUCACUCAUAUUAUCGGACAAUACGGAAACGGGACGGAAGCUGGCAUGACUUUGCGGUCAGGCGUGGGAGCCGGUGCGUACUUCAACCAGUCCGAGCUGGCUCGCCAACCAUCAGACGCCUACGACCCAGCCAGGCGGCAGGUCAACAGGGCCAGCGAGCUCUCUUCAAUUUCCUCUGGCUUCGGCGACGGCGACAUAAUCGUACCAGGAGUGCCUGGAAUGGUGCUGCAGCCCCCUCCGCCGGUCACCCAGUCACUGAGAGCCAGCCAAAUCGGUGUCGGUAGGUUCUCCUGGGCUAAUAAGGCGAACCGCGAGACAGUCUACACGGAGGCCAGCGAGGACCUACCACCCAGGUUCAGGACGGUUGACAGCUGGGUCAAUCAGCAGACCGGCCGCGUCAAGAGGGCACAGGCACGGCCAGAGACGGACGAAGAUAUCCCGCCUGUGCCUGGUCUUCCGGCAGGGACAGGUCAAAACGGCAUGCCGCCUGAGCCCCAAUUUACCAUGAUGAUGCCGGACGGGGAAGUACCUCGCCGGCCGGACAACGCGUCGUAA